ACUUCUUUACCUUCUACGACGGGUGCUUAUCUCCAGCGAAUGGAGCGCGCUCGGCUAACGUCCUUCACGCUUCACCCUCGGCUUAUGGAAUCAAUGAAUGAAUGGAUCAUGCCAAGGCAACAUUCUUGCGUGUAACCUGCGGUUGCCCUUCUGUAUGUCACUGCGAUUCCAAAAGUCUAAACGCGGUCGUUUCCCAUAGUGGUUAUUGGGUCGGUCUUAAGAACCGAUGCGAGUCAUCGCGCGAGGGUUCGAACCCCUCAACGACCAGUGAUUUGACGUCUUUUGGGUCCACGUUAGAUUGGGUGGACUUCGCAGACCACGAAAGUUUGCACCGCGGCUCAAGCAAGUUUGGGCGAAUCUCCAAGGCGGCACUGACCACCAUCCGCGCUCGAGUUUCAACUUUCGCCGGCCGUGUCCGCGGGAUGCGAAGUUCAAGCGAGGGGGCCCAGUGCCCACGGCUGGAGAGAUCUAUCACUCCUAUCCUACAGGCAACACUCAUCUCUGCGUCUGAUCCCCGUGUGCCUCGGGCAUUGGGAACAAAUGACGUGUCGACACCUUCUGCGAAUGGAGGUUCCAACCCCGGAAGGAUGCCUUCCUACGCAAUUACAGACACAAGCGCGAAGAACUCGUAAAAUUCAGGUCUACGUUAUUUCGCUACCGGAUUACGGGUUUCCCCUAAAGCUAGGAGUAUUUAAGUGACUCGGCGUUUUGUGUCAGACGGGAGGGAUGGUUUAAGAGUCGAGCUAGCGGCGGCGCAUGGUAGAGUACGAAUGGGACCCAUGGUCGUAGGAGGAGGAGUCAAAGCGCAAUAAUUGUCAGGUCCAUGAUGAGGACGGGGUCUGUGACGUACUCAACUCCCGGCGAACAAAGGCUCGGGGAGGGGGAAGCUGAAGGGGGUGUUGCCACAGAUCAUCAAGGCCCUCCG